UUAAUGGCUGUCUCUUUCUUCUUCUUCUUCUUCUUCAUUUGUUUCUCAAUACUCCUACCCCUCUUUUCCACAGCAACAAUCCACAAAACAGUUCUAAUCAGACCAAAUUUCACCACUCAACAAGACAUUUCUCCCAAGAAUGACACCCCCACAACCUAUUUUGAAGUCACAAAUCCUAUAAAAUUACCCAAAACCAAAUCUUGUUCCUACUUAGUCCUCAAACAUGACUUUGCCUAUACAUAUGGGAAACCACCAAUCCUCACAAAUUACACACCCCCUUCAAAUUGCCCAUCAAAAAAGUUCUCCAAAAUCAUUCUUGAAUGGAAAGCAACAAGUAAAGGAAGACAAUUUGAUAGAAUUUUUGGGAUUUGGCUUAGUGGGGUUGAAAUUUUCAGGAGUUGUACUGCAGAUCCAAGGCCAAAUGGAGUUAUUUGGACUGUGAAGAAGGAUAUUACUAGGUAUUCUUCUUUGCUUAUGACUAAUCAAACUCUUGUUGUUUAUAUUGGGAACAUUGUUGAUAGUAAAUAUACUGGGGUUUAUCAUGUAGAAAUUUUUGUUCAUUUUUAUCCUACUGAAAAAGUGAGAAACCCCUUUAAGGGAUUUGAUUCUGGGGCUGAUUUAAUCGUACCCAUAUCGCGUAAUUUGCCGUUGAAUGAUGGUUUGUGGUUUGAGAUUGAGAAUUCUACAGAUGUACAGUCAAAAGAGUUCAAAAUCCCACAAAAUGUAUACAGGGCUGUAUUGGAAAUUUAUGUGUCAUUUCAUGAGAAUGAUGAGUUCUGGUAUGGAAAUUUGCCAAAUGAUUAUAUUACUGGGAAUAAUCGUAGUGAUAUCGCGGGAAAUGGUGCUUUUAGAGAGGUGAUAGUAAGUUUGGAUGAUGUUGUAGUUGGUGCAGUUUGGCCUUUUACUGUGAUUUAUACUGGUGGUAUCAAUCCUCUGUUGUGGAGACCUAUAAGUGGAAUUGGCUCAUUUGAUCUUCCUUCAUAUGAUAUUGAAAUUACGCCGUUGUUAGGGAAGAUCUUAGAUGGAAGUUCUCAUAAUAUUUCGUUUAGUGUUACAAAUGCUUUGAAUGUAUGGUAUGUUGAUGCAAAUUUGCACCUUUGGUUGGAUAAAAAGAGUGUAAAAACAGAAGGGAAGUUGUUGGAGUAUAGUAGUUUGCCCCUUUCAUUUUCUCUCACGAGUAAUUUUACUGGUCUUGAUGGUUCCUUUGUGACAAAUGCUCGUAGAUCGAUCUCAAUGACUGGAUGGGUAAAAUCAUCUUAUGGAACAGUCACAACGAGAUCAUUUCAAAGUUUGAGCUAUAGUAACUAUAUGGUGAUGGGAAAUGACGCGAACUUGCAAGUUGUUGAUCAGACUAUUGAGUUUAAUGACACUGUUUAUGCUAAGACGCGGUCUUUUUCUGUUCAGGUUCUUGAAUCCUUGAAAAAGUUUCAGCUUCACAUGUACUCUGAUGGACUUGAGAUAGGAGAUAAAAGCUAUGCUGCUAUCUCGAAUGUGACUUUGAUAGUCGAUGAGAAGAGGUUGAAGUAUGGAUCCUCAGCCAGCUCUGUUCACAAUCUGCAGAACGCGCAGGGCUAUAUGCUUGUAAAGGACCAGUCGCUAGACAGUGGACUUGGGAGCACACAACAGAUAUACAAAUACAACGACGUUAAAGGCUGCUACUUCAGGAACAUAAGCAGCUCAAAUCACACGGUGCUUUAUGACAAGGUGAUCAAUAGUUGUAGCAAAUUGAUCAAUACUGUAUCAUAGCUUCUAAGUAUCAUGCAAAUGCAGUGACCUUUUCAUGUUCC